AUAAACAAGCGGAAAUUACGUCAUAAUUUCGCCCCAAAACAAACGGGGAGCUGUUAUGAAAGCUAAAUGAAAUGUUGGAUAACUGCUGCUUUACGGGCGUUUUGUAAGGCCACGUGCAAAGUUAUGCUGCAGCUUCGGAUGUAGUUUUACCGUCUGCAGAGGAAGUUUAGCUGAGGAAAAGUAGGGGAUCAUGGCAAAGCGGAAAAAAGCUGCAGAGACGGAGAAAGAUACAAAGAAACAGAGGCUGGUGUCCAAAGCAGACAGCAGCGCACCAAAAACAAGAACGAAGAAGAAGAAAGCUGCCGAUGAUGACAUCCAUGAAGAGGAAGAGCUGCAGAGGAAAGUCAAACCCAAGCGUCGCCCCCCUUUAAAACAUGCCGUGCAGAAAGUUCCUGCUUCUAGCCCGGCACCCAGCCCAGAUGUCAAAACCAGUAAAUACUUUAAGACUCACCUGGGAGGCGAGAUUGACAGUGAAGAUGACUUUGACCUUGUCACCUCACCACCCCGCAUAGUGAAAGAAGCAAACCACAAGAAACCUGUGAAAGACAAAGAAGAAGAAGAAGAGGAGGAGGAGGAGAGUGACAGUGAGGAUGAUGAUGAUGACUGGGAGGAAGUUGAAGAGCUUGCUGAGCCUCUGGGUCCAGUCGAAGAUUCUGAACCCUUCUUGCCUACUCAGCCGGUAGAGAUUGAGAUCGAGACCGUAGAAGUCAGGAAAAGGAAAAAGAGGCAAGAAGAAUUUCAGACAUACCUUAGGCGGAUGAUGAAGAGGUAUAAGAAGGACUUACUAAUAGAUACACACAAGGUCCACCUCUUGUGCCUUCUCGCCAACGGGAUCUUCCGCAACAGUCUGUGCAGUGAACCAGACCUGCUGGCCGUCACGCUUUCCCUCAUACCACCACACUUCUGCACAGUCGACAAAAAGUGCAUCGACCAAAACUACCUGUGUGCCUUGUUGAAAUGGUUCAGAGCAACAUUUACUCUCGACCCCCUCCUUCCUCUAGAAGAGCAUCCAGAACCACGAAUCCUCCUGGAGCGGCGCCUAGCGACCUUCUCAGCCAGAGAUCAUCAGGAAAUGACUCAUCUCUUCUUGUUGGUCCUGAGGUCUCUGCAGCUUUUCUGCCGACUGGUUCUUUCUUUGCAGCCGGUUCCUUUCAAACCCCCAUCAGCUAAGUCUAAAGGAGUUCGAACAUCUACAACUACCUCGGAAAAAGGUCAAACAAGUCAGGAAACAUCUGAGACUAACUCCCCGGAGCAGAAUGUCUCUCCGGGCUCCAAAAGACCUGCUAAAGAAAAAAAACUCAAGGAGAGGGGAGGAGGGAAAAGAACAAAGAUCAAAGAAAUGAAACAUGAAGAGGAGAUGCCCGUUCUUUCAGGUGGCCGGAGGCCAAAGAACUCGAAACGCCGCAGCGUUGCCUCAAAGGUCAACUACAAGGAGGGCAGCAACAGCGAGGGAGAUGAGGAAGAUGACCUCGGUGAUGAGGAGGACUUUCAGGCCACCAGUGAGGAGGACAGUGAUUUUGAGAGAGAGGUCAAACCUAGAAAAGGAAAGAUUGGCAAAGGAGGAGCUGCCAAAAAAAAAACGCUCGCUCCAAAGAAGAAGAAGAAUGGUGGCCAAAAACAAGUGAAAGACGAGAAGGACAGCCAUUGGGAGGAAGAAGAGCAGGAAGAAGCUGAAAGAGUUGAAGGUAAAGGAAAAAGGAGGAGCGUGAGGCAGGGGGGGCCUGGGGCAGAUGAGUGGUUGGAGGUCUUUCUGGAGAAAUCUUCCUCCUGGGUCUGUGUUGAUGUGGAGCAUGGAGUUGGAAUGCCUCACCUCUGCUCCCAGAAUGCAACAGAGCCAGUGACUUAUGUGGUGGCUGUGGAUGGAAACCGCUUUUUGAAAGAUCUGGGCAAAAAGUACGACCCCACCUGGAUGACGGCGUCCCGGAAGAGGAGGGUGGAUGAUGACUGGUGGGAGGAAACCCUUCAGCCCUUCCUGGGACCUGAAGAUGAGAGGGAUGUAAAAGAGGAGAAGGAGCUUCAGAGUAAACUUCUGAACAAACCUUUGCCAGUUUCUGUAGCAGAGUAUAAGAACCAUCCUCUGUAUGCUUUGAAGAGGCAUCUGCUGAAGUAUGAAGCUCUGUAUCCGGCUACAGCCACGGUGCUGGGAUACUGCAGGGGGGAGCCAGUGUACUCCAGGGAUUGUGUGCACACCCUCCACUCUAGAGACACAUGGUUGAAAGAAGCUCGCACUGUACGACUGGGAGAGGAGCCUUAUAAGAUGGUUAAGGGGUUCUCCAAUAGGUCACGAAAAGCCAGAAUGGCAUCUGAGCAGAAAGAUCAUAAAGACCUGGGUCUGUUUGGAGAUUGGCAAACUGAAGAGUAUCAACCACCCAUAGCUGUGGACGGAAAGGUCCCUCGUAACGAGUACGGUAAUGUGUACCUGUUCAAACCCUGCAUGUUACCGGUGGGCUGCGUUCAUCUAAGACUGCCGAACCUCCACCGGGUGGCCAAGAAGCUCAACCUCGAUGCUGCAGCAGCAGUAACAGGCUUUGACUACCAUGGAGGGUACUCCCACGCCGUGACUGACGGCUACAUUGUGUGCGAAGAGGACGAGGAGAUUCUCAGAGCCGCUUGGGUGGAAGACCAAGAGAUCCAGAAGAAGAAAGAGAAAGAGAAAAAAGAGAAGAGAGCCGUGGCCAACUGGACUCUGCUGGUAAAGGGUCUCCUGAUCAGAGAGAGACUUAGACAGCGCUACAGUCAGAAGAACCAGGGAGUUGGGAGCGCUGCUCGUGAAGACAACACAGGCGGCUUAUCUUCUGAUGAGGAGCAAGCUGGGGGUGCAAAGACAGCUUCAGAGGCACUGGCAAUGUCCUGGCCCCAAAACAGGCAAACCGAGGAGGGCGGCGGAGGAGCUGGCACCCUGAAAAAGACGACAAGACGGGGCAGGAAGGGUCAGGAGCAGAAUUUAUUUCCCUUUGAGAAAGUGUGAAGCCAUUCAUCUAAGCCGAACGGUUGUCGAGCCUUGGUAAACAAAGGAAAUCCCACUGACCUCCACAAAACACUGGUUAACUGGUUUGAACAGUCUAAAUGUGCUUUCAGGAAUCCAAUAAACGGAAUCCAGAUCUGAGUUAAGUUUAGAAGAAUCGGUUCACAGGUGAACAGGAAAUGGAAAAAACAGUUUUAAAAAAAGCUUUGAACCACAUUUUUGCUGUCGUCAUGGCUGUCCGUUCACAUAAAAAUCCCACUUUUACUAAAUGUCAUUGGCAUUUAAAAAAAAGAAAAUUCAAAAUAUGUCGUACAAAUUAAGUUGUGUUUACAAAACUGUGUUGGCAGGUUUGUAAAAGUAGAGCAAAAGCACUGUCAAUAAAUGAUCAAAGGAAUGUCAUUGUGUUUAGCAUUUGAUGAAGCCACGCCCCUUACCUCUGUGACUGUACAGUGGCUGGCGCCCAUAGAGUGUUGCGUGCAGCAGGAUGGUUAACCAUUGGAAGUUUUAGCUCCUGUUAUGCAGAAAGUUGGUGUGUUAGACAAAUAGACGUGAAAGACAAUGUACCUUAAAACAGCUGUUGACACUACAGCUGAAAAAAAAAGCAUUUUUAAAGACUUCAUUUGCUGAAUUUAAAUUAAUAUUCACAGCAGUCAAGAUUAAAGGGAGCACAGCUGCUGUUUAUUCAAACAAUACAUCUUACAUUUGUCUUUUCCACCUUAAACUUUCUUCUUACUGAUUUUUAUUUCUAAGGGGAAAUAAAACAUUAGAAUUGUGGUGCUUUUUUAUUUUAUCAAGGGUGCUAUGUGAAAAUGUACAAAACUGUCUCUAAAUCUACUUUUUCUUUGAAGUUCUCACUGAUUCUUUAAACUUUUAUCAUAAAAAAGAAGGUUAAAAAGGUCAGCAUUCCUGGGGGUUCACUUUGUUAUCCACUUUGUUUUUUCAAGAAAAAUGGAUCUGUGCAUCAUAGAGAUGACUCUAUGAUGCACAGAUCCAUUUUUCUGUUCAAAUCUGUACGCUGUGUUUGUUAACGCACAGUUGAUGGGGGUGAGGAUUAACUGUUUUGAAUGACACAUAUAUUUUUGUAAGAACUGUUGAAAUAUAAACUUAUAGAAAAACUGUC